AUGGACGCUGAUUUCAAAGCUCAAUUAGAUCAAGAAAGAAUCAAGGUGGAAGAUGCAUUCAAUUUUCUUGGUUGUAAAGUUGGACGAGGCACAUACGGACAUGUUUAUAAAGCAAAGAAAAAAGAUGGGAACGAUACACGAGAAUAUGCCGUCAAGCAAAUUGAAGGCGUCGGAUUAUCAACAAGUGCUUGUCGAGAAAUUUCCUUAUUACGUGAAUUAAAACAUAUCAAUGUGAUUACUCUUCAACGGGUGUUUCUCUCACAUGCUGAUCGUCGCGUAUACCUUCUACUUGACUUUGCUGAAUACGAUUUAUGGCAUAUUAUAAAAUUUCAUCGUUCAGCCAAACAAAAUAAAAAGACGGUUGUGUCUUCACGUGCCAUGGUCAAAUCUUUACUUUAUCAGAUUCUUGCUGGUAUUCAUUAUCUUCAUUCCAAUUGGGUUCUACAUCGAGAUCUUAAACCAGCUAAUAUUCUCGUCAUGGGCGAUGGAAACGAACGUGGCCGAGUGAAAAUCACUGAUAUGGGCUUUGCUCGUCUGUUCAAUUCACCACUAAAACCAAUGGCUGACCUUGAUCCUGUUGUUGUUACAUUCUGGUAUCGCGCACCUGAAUUAUUACUUGGCGCUCGACACUACACGAAAGCUAUUGAUAUUUGGGCCAUAGGAUGUAUCUUUGCUGAACUGUUAACUUAUGAACCAAUUUUUCACUGUAAACAAGAGGACAUUAAAACGAGCACACCGUAUCAUUAUCAUCAACUUGAUCGAAUUUUUUCUGUGAUGAGUUUUCCUGCAGACAAGGAAUGGGAAGAUAUAAAGAAAAUGCCCGAAUAUGCACGUUUAUCGAAAGAAUUCAAGAAGGCAACUUAUGCAUACAAUAGCUUGAGUAAAUAUAUGGAAAAACAUAACAUUCGCUCUGAUAGUCGAGCAUUUCAGUUACUUAUCCGGCUGCUAACAAUGGAUCCACUCAAACGUAUUACAGCUAUUGAUGCCAUGAAUGAUUUAUACUUUAAAGAAGAUCCUCGUCCAACUGAUGAUGUAUUUGAUUCUGUGCCUAUUCCGUAUCCGAAACGUGAAUUUAUGCUCGAUGAUGAUAAUAAUGAUACGAAUGCACAUGCAACGAAAACCGAGUCAACUACCACGGUAAAAACAGAAGCUUCAUCAGCUAUCCUCACUCAACAGCAACAGCAACAGCAAAACAAUAAUAUUAUUCAGCAGACACAUACUCAACAAAUGAAAUUAAUACAACAACAUGCAGCAGUUCAACCACCCGGAAAGAAAUUGCGUGUCACUGGAAAUUACACCGGUGUUGAUUCAUCUGACUAUGAUUUCCAAAAAAGCCAAAACCUGCAACAACAAAUUUAUCAACGACAGGGCUUUUAA